UCUUAUUUUCACGCGGAAAAGUAAGAAAAAGGAAAACAUGGAAAGAACGACGAGCGGAACACCGUUUCGUUGGUCUUCGCUUUUAAAUUAAAGUCCGCAUUCCUCCUUUUUUUUUUUUUUUUUUUGUCGGUUCCCAACUCCUCCUCCCCCUUUUUUCUCGUUCGGCGAUUGUCCCCGAAGCUCGCUUUCCCCAGCCUGGCGGAUGCCGCCGGAGCCCAUCGAUCCUUCACUGGAGUUCGGUCGAUCCGGUGUUCUUCGAAUCUGGGUGGACUAGAAGUCCUAGAUGCUCUGGAUUCUCCGCGUCAUUCUUGUUGGGAUCGCGACCAAGAACUGUUCGUUUCGGUUUGUCUUGAUUGAGGAUUUUUUUAACCUUUUUUUUUGGCUGAAUUUUGGUUGUCUCCGUAGCUGAGAUUUGCUUUGGCCGGUGGACUGGCCGGAACCGAUCGAUCCCUUGCCGGAAUUUGACCGGCGGGCGAUCGGGACACUGGAGUGGUCGCCGGAUUGUGAGAGGAUUUGUUCGUUCUUGAGUCUCGCGGAUCUGGGUUUAUCUCGAGAUUCGAAAUUUGAGGUUCUUUGAAUCCUCCGCCUUCUUUGUUUGUCUGGAUCGAGUCUAAGAACGGUUGGAUUUGCGUUGAUCGUGGGAUUGCAUUAAAUUUUGGUGGUUUGUUAGGGUUCGGGUGGUUCCUACAAUCCCCUGGCCCGAUCUGUAGCUCUAUUUGUUUGGCGUUUUGGCUUAUGCGGUAGAAAUCUGUUGGAGGUUACGGGGGAGAGGGCUGAGGGAGAGAGGAAGGAUGUCGAAGGUGGUCUACGAGGGAUGGAUGGUCCGGUAUGGGCGGAGGAAGAUUGGCCGCUCGUUCAUCCACAUGCGCUACUUUGUACUCGAGACCAGAGUUCUCGCCUACUACAAGAGGAAACCUCAGGAUAACAUGGUUCCUAUCAAGACUCUUCUUGUCGAUGGAAAUUGCAGAGUGGAGGAUAGGGGGCUCAAAAUGCAUCACGGACAUACGGUUUAUGUAUUGUGUGUUUACAACAAAAAGGAGAAGUAUCAUCGAAUAACGAUGGCAGCUUUCAACAUCCAGGAGGCUCUGAUCUGGAAGGAAAAGAUUGAGCAAGUCAUUGAUCAGCAACAAGAUCUAAUGAUGGCUAAUGGCAAUAAAGUUUAUGCUUCAUUUCAAUAUAAACCGGGCAUGGAUAAUGGAAGAAAUGCCUCUUCCUCUGAUCAUGAAAGUCAGUGUAGCCCUGAAGAAGAAGAGGAGAAUCAUCACACGUUAUUAAGAAGAACGACUAUAGGAAAUGGUCCUCCUGAAUCAGUACUUGACUGGACUCAGGAAGUCAAUUCAGGGUUGUCAAAUCAGAAUAACUCUGAUCAGGUUUUCUCCAGAAAACAUUGGCGUCUUGUCCGAUGCCAGAAUGGGCUUCGCAUUUUUGAAGAGCUUCUAGAAGUAGACUACCUUCCAAGGAGCUGUAGUAGAGCAAUGCAGGCUGUUGGUGUGGUGGAGGCCACAUGUGAAUCAAUUUUUGAGCUUAUAAUGAGCAUGGAUGGGACACGCUUUGAGUGGGAUUGCAGCUUUCAAUAUGGUAGCUUAGUUCAGGAAGUGGAUGGACACACUGCAAUUCUGUAUCAUAGAUUGCAGCUGGACUGGUUCCCGAUGUUUGUGUGGCCCCGUGAUCUUUGUUAUGUGCGUUAUUGGCGGCGUAAUGAUGAUGGAAGUUACGUUGUGCUGUUUCGGUCCAGAGAGCAUCCAAAUUGUGGUCCACAGCCAGGAUUUGUGAGAGCCCACAUUGAGAGCGGUGGAUUCAACAUUUCUCCCCUAAAGCCUCGAAAUGGGAGACCUCGGACGCAGGUACAGCAUCUUAUGCAAAUUGAUUUGAAGGGUUGGGGCGUGGGUUAUUUCCCAUCAUUUCAGCAGCAUUGUCUGCUUCAGAUGUUGAACAGUGUCGCUGGGCUUCGUGAAUGGUUUUGUCAAACAGAUGAAAGCCACAUGGUUCCGAGGAUGCCAAUGAUGGUCAAUAUGACUUUAGAUUCUGUUUCUUCUAAAAAGAAACAAAAAAUACAAGAGAAUUCCGUUCAGCCUAGUCCUUUGGUAGAUCAGAUGCAUUCUGCUAGCAGACACUCUGUAAUGUUGGAUGAAGACUCUGAUGAGGACGAGGAUUAUCAAAUUCCGGAGCUGGAGCAGGAGGCAUACUCUGUCAAACUUGAAAACGGUAUCAAACAGGCAGAUGAGGAGCCAUCUGAUCAAAUUGAUUUGUCUGGCUUUUCUGGCUCUUUACGCCGGGAUGACCGUGAUAAGAGUCGUGAUUGUUGGAGAAUAUCUGAUGGGAGUAAUUUCAGAGUUCGUAGUAAACAUUUUAUAUAUGACAAAACCAAGAUUCCUGCUGGAAAGCAUCUUAUGGAGCUUGUAGCAGUUGAUUGGUAUAAGGAUGUGAAACGAAUGGACCAUGUUGCAAGACGAAAAGGCUGUGCAGUCCAAGUUGCAUCAGAGAAGGGACUAUUCUCAUUGGCUAUAAAUUUGCAGGUUCCAGGCUCAACUCAUUACAGCAUGGUCUUUUAUUUUGUAACAAAACAGCUGGUGCCUGGAUCACUAUUGCAGCGGUUUGCUGAUGGGGACGAUGAGUUCCGUAAUAGUAGGUUCAAGCUUAUUCCAUCUGUUCCUAAGGGAUCCUGGAUUGUACGCCAGAGUGUUGGAAGCACCCCUUGUUUAUUAGGCAAAGCAGUUGACUGCACCUACAUUCGUGGACCAAAAUACUUGGAAAUAGAUGUUGAUAUUGGUUCUUCUACUGUGGCUAAUGGAGUUUUAGGGCUUGUGUGUGGUGUGAUUACGACAUUGGUAGUUGACAUGGCAUUUCUUGUACAGGCAAACACUUUUGACGAGCUUCCAGAACGGCUUAUUGGUGCUGUUCGUGUGUCACACGUUGAGCUGUCAUCUGCGGUAGUUCCGGUGCUUGAGUCUGGCCCUUCAGCAGAAUGAAACCAUUGCCUGACAAAUAUUCAAUUUCUGUCAUCUUCAAAAUUUUUUACCCCUUUGACCCUCACAAUCAAUAGCAAAUGUCGUCCAUGUGAUUUUGCAGACAUUGCAGACUGGAGCACAGCCCCUGAACGACUGAUUCCCAUACUGCGGCAUUCCGUCAGUGCAGAUCCUUUCCUUUUUGUACAAUUGGAGAGAUAGAUAGUUAGAUGCACACAGAGAGAGAGAGAGAGAAAGAGAGU